CCAGAUAUGAGACUGCUGCAGGCCAGGCGCGCCUAGUACACCUGCGGGGAUCAAGUUUUUCUGAAUAUUUUUACCUCAUUGUUCAUUGCUUUUUGUAAAUAUCUAUAUCCAAACUGAGGCUUCAGCUGGGUACAUGUAUAUUAUGAUAUAAUCCUAGUUUUGUAAAUAUUUCCAGACGUGCAGAAGAGUGGACUGUGGAUCUUGUCCUUGUAGUUUCCUUUCGGAUUCAUAUUUAUCAAAACUCACAUAGCCUAUUUUAUUAAUAAGCAUUACUUAAAUAUACUGCUGGAAAAUGUCUGGCUGUCCCUGCGCAGAGUGAGUGUUUGCCAGGAAAGGCGGGGAGAUACAGUAACUGGACCAGUCUGUCUCUUAUCUGCUGGCAUGCAGACUACCCUUCGCGUCAAGUUUCACUCUCCGCUGUGAUCAACAGCAACAGCAGCAGCAGCAGCAGCAGUAGAGGUUACAGCAGGAGAGAACAGACUCUCCUGAACCUGAACCCUGCCGGGUGUCCAUGAAGGCAAACUGUCCAACAGAAGAAGCCGCUGAGCCCAAGGAUGGAAAGCAAGAUAUGAUCCACCAGGAGAGACCAGAUUCACCUGUUCCCGGCUGUGUGUCCAUGAAGAGUUGCCGGUCGAUGGGUCAGCCUCUUGCUUUCAAAGAUGGACACCACUCUAUUGGUAGAAGGAUCCACCAGGAGAGACCAGACUCAUCUGUUCCCGGCUGUGUGUCCAUGAAAAGUGACCGGUCGAUGGGUCAGCCUCUUGCUUUCAAAGAUGGACACCACUCUAUUGGUAGAAGAGCUGAUCUGGAGACAUCAGAUGUUGCCAUCAGUCAAUCUGCUCAGCAUCAAACAGACCUGGACUCCAUAUUUAUGCUACUUGAGGAGAACAUUGUCAGUUUUGUGAAGAAUGAGCUGAAGAAGUUACAGAGGGUCCUCAGACCAGAUUACCCAGAAUGCUUAGGCAGGCUGGGAGAGGAUGAGGAGGUGCUGGAUGGUGACGAGCAGAGGAGGAGCAGCAGAGAGGCGUUUCUGAAGAUCACCCAGCACUUCCUGAGGUGGAUGAAGCAGGAGGAGCUGGCUGACUGGCUGCAGAGCAAAACUCCUGCCUUUUGCAAGUGCAAACUCAAGUCUCAUCUACAGGAGAAAUUCAAGUAUUUAUUUGAGGGGAUUGCUAAAGCAGGAAACCCAGCCCAUCUGAAUCAGAUCUACACAGAGCUCUACAUCACAGAGGGAGAGACUGGAGAAGUCAAUAAUGAACAUGAGGUCAGACAGAUUAAAACAACAUCCAGGAAACCACUGAGGUCCGAAGUAAUGAUCAGAUGUGAAGACAUCUUUAAACCCUCACUUGGAAGAUCUGAACCAAUCAGAACGGUGAUGACAAAGGGAGUUGCUGGCAUUGGGAAAACAGUCUUAACACAGAAGUUCACACUGGACUGGGCUGAAGGCAGAGCCAACCAGGACAUACAGUUCACUUUUCCAUUGUCUUUCAGAGAGCUGAAUGUGCUAAAGGAGAAGAAGUACAGCUUGGUGGAACUUGUUCAUCACUUCUUUACUGAAACCAAAGAAGCAGGAAUCUGCAGGUUUGAAGAGUUCCAGGUUGCUUUCAUCUUUGAUGGUCUGGAUGAGUGUCGACUUCCUCUCGACUUCCACAACAAUGAGAUCCUGACUGAUAUUACAGUUUCCACCUCAGUGGAUGUGCUGCUGACAAACCUCAUCAGCGGGAAACUGCUUCCCUCUGCUCGCAUCUGGAUAACCACACGACCUGCAGCAGCCAGUCAGAUCCCUCCUGAGUGUGUUGACAUGGUGACAGAGGUCACAGGGUUCACUGACCCACAGAAGGAGGAGUACUUCAGGAAGAGAUUCAGAGAUGAGGAGCUGGCCAGCAGAAUAAUCUCCCACAUCAAGACAUCACGCAGCCUCCACAUCAUGUGCCACAUCCCAGUUUUCUGCUGGAUCACUGCCACAGUCUUGGAGGAUGUGUUAAAAACCAGACAUGGAGGACAGCUGCCCAAAACCCUGACUGAGAUGUACAUUCACUUCCUGGUGGUUCAGUCCAAACUGAAGAAUAUGAAGUAUGAUGGAGGAGCUGAGAUGGAUCCACACUGGAAUCCAGAGAGCAGGAAGAUGAUUAUGUCUCUGGGAAAACUGGCUUUUGAGCAGCUGCAGAAAGGCAACCUGAUCUUCUAUGAAUCAGACCUGACAGAGUGUGGCAUCGAUGUCAGAGCAGCCUCAGUGUACUCAGGAGUGUUCACACAGAUCUUUAAAGAGGAGAGAGGAUUGUACCGGGACAAGGUGUUUUGCUUCAUCCAUCUGAGUGUUCAAGAGUUUCUGGCAGCUCUCCAUGUCCAUCUGACAUUCAUCAACUCCGGGGUUGAUCUCCUAACAGAGGAUCAAUCAACCUAUCAUGGCUCUACACCAACAUCAGACAAAUCUGCAGUAAAAUGCUUCUACCACAGUGCUGUGGACAAAGCCUUACAGAGUCCUAAUGGACACUUGGACUUGUUCCUCCGCUUUUUCGUCGGUCUUUCCUUGCAGGCCAAUCAAGCUCUCCUGCGAGGCCUGCUCACUCAGACAGGAAGUUGCUUAUCCACCGAUCAGGAAACAGUCCAAUACAUCAAGAAUAAAAUCAGGGAGAAUCCAUGUCCAGAGAGAGGCAUCAAUCUGUUCCACUGUCUGAAUGAGCUGAAGGACCAUUCUCUUGUGGAGGAGAUCCAAAUGUGCUUGAGUUCAGGUGGUCUCUCUGCAGAUAAUCUGUCUCCUGCUCAGUGGUCAGCUCUGAUCUUCGUCUUGCUGUCAUCCGAAAAAGAUCUGGACGUGUUUGACCUGAAGAAAUACUCUGCUUCAGAGGAGGCUCUCCUGAGGCUGCUGUCAGUGAUCAAAGCCUCCAGCAAAGCUCUGUUGAGUGUCUGUAAGUCAUCAGAGAAAAACUGUGAAGCUCUGGCCUCAGUUCUCAGCUCCAAGUCAUCUGGUCUGAAAGAGCUGGACCCGGGUAACAACAACUUACAGGAUUCAGGAGUGAAGAUGUUGUCUGCUGGACUGGAGAAUCCACACUGUAGGCUGGAAACUCUACGAUUGUUUUUAAGUAACGCUUACAGGCUUCUGUCCUGGGCUGCCCACUGGGCUGGAUGUGGGUGAGAAGAGGCUCUUGGCCAAGCUCACAGCCAUCAUGGACAACAGUUCUCACCCACUUCACCGGACUGUAGAGGUCUUUCAGUGGCCGACUGAGACACUACAAACAUCCUAAUGCACUGCUACUCCAGAUCCACCAAAAUUACACUUUCUUUUCCUUAAACUUACUGUACAUAGAAUACCUAAUUUUUUAAAUAAAAAAAGGUAAAUUGUUUUUGUUGUUUGCACUGUUGUCAUAUAUUGUCCUUCUUUGCACCUCCAUUUGCUGUUUUUACCCCCCCCCCCCCUUGUGUGUUCUGAAGAGCUUCUGUAAAAGUGCAUUUCUCCAGUGUGAGAUGAAUAAAGUCUAUCUAAUCUAAUCUAA